AUGGACGGAGGCGGUCAGGCGUCGACCACCAGCCGGACCAAGGCGGAAAAGGUGGACAAUUAUGAUAUCCAUAAUAUAUCUGCUAAUAAUAAAAGUGCACUCAGUCAAUUGGCACAAGAAAGCAAUGAUGCAUUUACAAAAGGAGACUAUAACCAAGCUGUUCAAUUGUACACAGAAGCUAUUGCCCUCAGCCCACACAAUCACAUACUUUUUACCAAUCGGUCAGCCUCCUAUGCCCAGCUGCAUAAAUAUGCUGAAAGUCUUGAUGAUGCCAGGAAAGCUAAGCACAUUAAUCCACAGUGGACCUUGGCCUAUUUACAAGAAGGCACGGCAUUACUACAACUUGGUAAUCAUGGUGAUGCUAUGGCUUCUUUUGCUUCGGGGUUGGCUCAGGAAUCCUCCAAUAGUGACUUGUUAUCAUCACUCAUUGAUACUGCUCUUCAAUCUCCUCUGAAAGAGAAACUCAACCCAGUAUUUCAGCAGUUGCAAAAGAUGAAUCUUGACCACAAUUCUUUUGUAAUAAUUGCUGUUAUUGGUCAGGAACUGCUGGCAGCUGGCCAUUACAGUGCUUCUGUUACAAUGCUUGAGUCUGCAUUGUCCAUUGGUACAAUCAGUCUCAAACUCAGAGGAUCAGUUUUUUCAGCAUUGAGCCGAGCUUACUGGGGUACUGGAGACAUAGACAAAGCUAUUAUCUAUAUGGAUGAAGAUCUUAACAUUAUGAAAUCAAUGGGUGAUCAAGGUGGUGAAUGUCGUGCAUAUGGAAAUCUGGGUUCUGCUUAUUUUUCUAAAGGAUACUACCGUGAAGCUCUUUCCAAUCACAGACAUCAGCUUACUGGUCAGGUUGGUGAAGCUGUACAAACCUACCAACAACAACUGACCUUGGCCAAACAGUGCAAGAAUCAAAACCUUAUUGCAACUGCUUAUGGUGCCCUUGGGAUGUCACAUUGCCGAUUAGGUCAGUAUGAUAAAGCUUUAGGUUUUCACAAUCAAGAACUGACUAUUCGUCAAGAAAUGGAUGACUUGAGAGGCGAGUGUCGUGCUCAUGGCAGCAUAGGCAAUGUGCACAUGUGCCUCUGUAAUUAUUCAAAUGCAUACAAGUGUUAUGAGGAGCAGUUGAAACACAGUCAGGAGCUCCAUGACAGUAGACUGGAAGCCCAGGCAUGUGGCAAUCUGGGAAUUGUAAAAAUGAACACAGCCCAUUUUGAUGAAGCAAUUGGAUUGUUUGAACAACAGUUAGCCAUGUUGGAACAACUGCACGGUAAUAAGAUACUUGUUGAGAAAGGGAAAGCAUUUGGGAAUCUUGGAGACUGUUAUGAGGCAUUGAGUGAUUUCGAGGAGUCUGUCAAGUGCCAUGAACAAUACUUGGCUGUCUCUCAAACAACUAAUUCUUUGCUGGAUCAAGACAAAGCAUACCGAGGCCUGGGUAAUGCACACAGGGCUAUGGGCAAUUUGCAACAAGCUCUUGUUUGUUUUGAGAAAAGGUUGGUUGUUGCCCAUGAGAUGGACAACAACCAAGCAAAAGCAUCAGCCUAUGGAGAACUUGGAUGCCUGCACAGCUUGCUUGGAAACUUUGAACAAGCAAUCUCUUGCUUGGAGCACCAACUGGACAUUGCCAGAGAUGUUGGUGAUAAAUUGUGCGAAGGUGAAGCAGCUUGUGGACUUGGAAAUGUUUAUCAACAGAUGGGUGAAUAUGAAACAGCCCUUGAAUACCACCAAAUUGACUUGCAGAUUGCUGAAUCUCUCAAUAAUUCUGAAGCACAGUGUCGAGCUUAUGGAAACUUUGGUUUGUCACAUGAAUCUCUCGGGAACCAUGAAGAAGCUGUGCGUUACCAAGAACAACAUCUCAGUAUGGCAGCCCAAUUACAAGAUAAAGUAGCCAAAACAAUGGCUUUCAGCAGUUUAGGUCGUGUUCACCAUGCACUAGGCAACUAUACACAGGCUGUCCAGUAUUUACAGCAAGGCCUACAAAUAGCAGAGCAACUUGGAAGGCGGGAAGAUGAAGCAAAAAUCCGUUAUCGUUUGGGGCUAUCUCUGUGGGGUCGAGGGCAACUGGAUGAGUGCCAGCAGCAGCUCUACCAGGCUGCUGAUUUGUUUGAAACAAUUCGCAGGGAAUCUCAGAAUAGCAGUGACUAUAAACUAUCAUUGUUUGACUUGCAGACUGCUUGUUAUCAGGCUCUUCAGCGUGUGCUGGUAACUGUAGAUAGUCAUGAAGAAGCUCUGGUAGUGGCUGAAAGGGCUUGUACUCGUGCCUUUAUUGACUUGUUAUUGGAACGUCAGUCUGGUGUAUUACCUGGCUUGCUGGGAGAGAGGAGGCAUGAUCUGCAGCCCAUUACCCUGGACCAAGUACUUGGAAUUGUUAGCCAACAGAAAAAUAUUGUUCUAUCUUAUUCUAUUGCUGCUGGCUUUCUCUAUACUUGGCUCAUCACACCAAAAGAUGGUAUUGUGAAAUUUCAUCAGUGCAAUAUGGCAGAGUUUGAAUCAAAUUCAAGUGAUGCAAUUGAUACCCAAAGUCUAGCAGGAUCCACAGUUUCUUUAUUGGACCAAUAUGUUGGAGAUGUUCGUGAAUCUAUGGGUGUAGAAGGGCAUGACCCCAGUAAUGGGCAAACAAAACUGUCAAGAUCAUGUUCUCGUUCCACUCUUCAUGGAAGCGUGGGAGGUGGAAGUGGUGCUGGUAGCAGCUCAGUGGGUAGUUUGGACACUCUUGACACAGAUGACUCUUGGCAGCAGCAACUUGAAGAAAUUGGAGACAAACUGAAUGCAGAGAAUGACCGUACUGGUUUCUUGCGCAUGGUUAAUCGUAAUCACAUCUUCAACUGUAGCAAUUACAGUUUAUCUAGUCUCUUUAGCCUUUCUGCUGGCCUGAAUGGCAUCAACCCUUCCAUUACAAACAUGCGUAAUGCCAUGAAAAGCAAACAGCGAGACAAGUCACCCAUUGCUGCACUUUAUGAAUUGCUUGUGGCACCUAUGGAAGAAUCUUUGCAAGCAGUAAUGGAUGGUACAGAAAACAGAAAUUUGGUUUUGGUUCUUCAAGGUGAUCUGUAUUUGGUUCCUUUUGCAAUGCUGAGGCCAACUGAGUCAAAUCAUUAUUUGUUUGAGAGGUACAACUUGAUCAUCAUGCCAUCAAUCACUGCCCUCCAACCAGACAACCAUCACUCACGAACUGGUCGACCAACCAUUGACUCCUCAGGAGCAGUUGUCAUUGGGAAUCCAAAAUUAACACCAGCCAUACAGCAACAAUGGCAACUGAAAGACAUUCCUGGUUCUGAGUAUGAAGCAAGAAUUGUAGCAGAACUACUAACAGCAAAGCCUCUCAUUGGUCAAGAAGCCACUAAAACAGCUAUUUUACAACAGCUGGAACAUGUUGAAGUUAUUCAUAUUUCAGCUCACAUUUCCUGGAAACUUUCAGCUAUAAUCCUUUCUCCAGGUGAACUGGGAACAUCUUCAUCUACAUCCCAGUUCAAUCAUGCUUAUGAUUUGGAUGAUAGCAGCAGUGAUGUUGGUUCUCUUGAUACUCCAUCCCUUUCAGAAUAUCUCCUCACAGCAGCUGAUAUUUUGAAUCUAAAACUCCGUGCUAAGCUUGUUGUUUUGAACUCUGGCCACACCCAUGACCGUGCUGGGCGUAUAAACUCUGAUGGGGUUGUUGGCUUGACACGAGCCCUACUCUCAGUUGGAGCUGGCUGUGUGCUGUAUUCAUUAUGGCAAGUUCCUGACCAGGCAUCAAAAUUGCUCAUGAAGACUAUGUAUGUAGCCUUGCAGGAGAGUCAUACAGUAACUCAAGCUUUGCAUUUGGCUAUUAAAGCUGUUCAGGCAGUUAAGCAAUUCUCUCAUCCUAGCAACUGGGGUGGAUGGGUAUUGGUUGGCAAAGAUAUCAUGCUUAGCAGCAAAAUGGCUCUUAUGGGUCAUGCAAUUUGUGAAUUACUCCAGUCACCAUCUCAGUGCAGAGAUUCAAUGCGAGUGCUUUUACAUCUUAUUGAGAAGUCUCUUCAAAGAAUUCAUCAAGGUGCCAAGAACCCAAUGUAUACAAUGUUUCAGAGCAUUGAAAACAAGGUUGGCCAGAUCAGUGGGUGGAAAGAUUUGCUGCAUUCAGUGGGUUUUCGCUUUGAGCCAGCAGCCAAUGGAAUGCCAGUGGCAGUAUUCUUCCCACAAACAGAUCCUGGAGAUAGACUUACCAGAGCUAGUGCAAGUCUCCAAGCUUUACUUGGUUUACCUUCCAACUCAAUUACAGCACUUUCUAAAUUUUUGAACAAUUAUGAAGCAGGAGAAGCUAUUAUUACCACCAUGCAUGAUAUUCUCAGUUGUGUCUCAUCUAAAGAAAAUAUCAUCGAAGUUUCCAUCAAUGUGAAGUUGUGGCAAAUUCCAGGUUGCCAUGAAUUUCUGGCUUCUCUUGGAUUUGAUUUACUUGAUGUUGGUCGUGAUGAUGUCACAUUGAGAUUAGGCAAACAAGCCACUAAGCGUCAUCUUCAGUUUGCUCUGCAGUCAUUGGUAGCUGUUUUUGAUACGCAAGAAGCUCCCAAGAGUCUUGCCUUAGACAGUUCCAGUUCUUUGGAGAGUUUGUCUUCUUCCCAUAGUUCCAACACCACAACCACAUCAGCCUCCACAUUGUCUAAUUUAGCUGGCACACCUCCAUUAUCACCACGUGCUAAAAAAAAGUCCUUGUUUAAUCCUGCAGAAAUGGAAAAAAUGAGAAAUCUUAAUCGACAACAUCUUAUGCAACAGGGUGGUCUAGUUGGUAAAAGCAGUACUCAUUAUAAAGCAUCCAAAAUUCCUCCUCCAAACCCUUCACUUUGUCUCUCCCAUCAAAACCGCAUCAAAGCCAUGUAUCCACCUGAAAACUGCUUUUUGCGCAGUCCAGCAACGAGUCCAGAAAGUUGCAUGUCAAUAAGCAGCACGAGUAGUCCUGACGAAUUAUCUAAUCUCCUUCAUUUAACAAAUUCCCAAAGCACUCCCAACAUUGCUUCUCAAGAUAGUCAGAUGGGCCAGAAAACAGGUGGAUCUACUGAUUCAUUUCAAAAAGCUCCCUCCUACAUGAAAAGAUUGAUCAAAUCUUAUUCUAUGGAUGAUUCAUGCAGUGAUAAAGAAAGUCCUAGAGCUGAUUCUACCCACCAUUUUAUUCAAAAGCAAAUCUGGAGAGACAAAAGGGAACUAGGCGAUGCUCACAGCUCCUCCAAUGAAGAAACAUUUUCGGACAAACCUUUUGACAGAUUGUCCCCAAGUUGCACAUCUGGAAGCUCUAGGAUCAGUUUACUUGCUUCCAAGUUUAAUAAAAGUGACAGCGGAAUUUUUUCAACUGUUUCUCAGAGUCCUAAAAAUCCAAGACCUGUGUUUUCUUCAUCAAAUUCCCUUUUUAAGAGAGUUGGAGGAAAUGGUGAGCAACAGAAGGUACCAAGUUCUGCUUCUGUUUUAAACCCUGAAGAAAUUGCCCAAAAAAUUUUGGCUGAUGUUGCACCCCAACGAGAAGCAGUUGAACAACUUCAGAAAGCCAGUUUUGUUCAGUCGCAAAAGAAGACCCACAUACUUCGGUCAGAACAGAUCCAGCAAAGAAUGAAAUCAAGUCCUGAUGGCCAUAGCCAUAGUUCAUACUCUUCAAGUUCAGCCAAUUCUUCCAGGCGAGCAAGCCCUGCCUGUAGUCACACAGGUGAUAUGAUCACAUGUAGGCAUACCCCUAGUCCAUCUGAUAAAAGCUCUGGUACUUAUGCUAGUAACAGUAGCUGUCGGUCACCAAUAGUAUACAGAGAACACUCUCCAAAUUCAUUAUACAGAAGUAGUUCUCCAAAUGUAGGGAAGUCUCCUGCAAUCUAUCCAAACAAUGCUGUUAAAAAAGAAUCUCACCUUGGAGGAGGUUUGUGGCUUACCAAUGGCAGACCCCCACCUCAUGUUCCAGCCCAUUUACCUUCUUCAUUCUCUCAUUCUGCUAAUCAUGCCCCUCCAGCUCCUUCAUCUGCCAUGUCAGCUCGUCCCAUUCCCCCACCUAGGUCAACAUCUAUUGUCCGGUCGGCAAAAACCAACAAUGGUGUUUCACCGUCAAAUCAUAGAAAAAGUAAAGUUCUUCAAAUUUCGAAGUGUUAA